AUGGUUAUAGCCAAAACCACUGACCAAAUUGAUAAUCAAAGCCAACCUAUUGAAACUAUCAUUGCUGCUACAGGCAAAACCACUGUUAUUAUCCCUGAGGAGUCUGAGCAAGACAAUUUAGGUGAAAUCCCUAUUCCUAUUCAAGAGGGGAGUGUGGGGGUGAGUGAGAGUCAUCCUUGUGCCAAUAUGGAGUUAGAUGUUUGCAAGUCCUCUCCCAUCAAUUCUGAAAAAUUGGCGAACAUUCCAAUCCUCCAAAGUUUAUCCCCAUCUACUACUACCCAAAAGCCAAAACCUUUGUGA